AGUCAACAUUUUUUUUUUUUUUUUGGUGAGUGCGAGUAUAAAAACCAGAGAUACGCAAAGACAAACAAACAGUGUGAAUUAGACGAGUCAAACACAAUGUUCAAGCUAUCGAUCUGCCUCAUCGCCGCUCUGCUGGUCUGCGCCCAGGCUGACCACAUCGACAAGGAUGCCCAAGUGCUGAGCGAAAGGAGUGAUCCCGCCGAUGCGGAGGGCAACUAUGCGUAUGCUUUCCAAACCAGCAACGGCAUCCAGAGCCAGGAGGCUGGCAAUAUCAAUGGCGUCAGUGGAUCCUACGGUUACACUUCUCCCGAUGGCCAGACCAUCUCUUUGACCUAUACCGCCGAUGAGAACGGAUUCCAUCCCGUUGGCGAUCACUUGCCCACUCCUCCACCAAUUCCCGAUCAUGUGGUGAGGCUGUUGGAAUACAUUGCAGCACAUCCCCCCCAAUAGAGCUCCUAUCAAAUUCCGUUUAGUUACAUCAUAAAAUAGCGUGCAUUAAACCAA